GCGAGAGCCAUUAGGCUGAGACGGUGGCGUUUCUCAUUGGCCGGAUAGAUCUCUACAUAACUUGACUUUGUCAUAAUGUGAAGAAGAAGCUACGAUAACGCGUAUUAAAUAUAGUAAAGCAGAGAAAUUAAUUUCGCUUUAUUCAGAUCGUAUCUUUAACCAUGGCGGAUGUUUUGGACAUCGAUAAUGCUGAGGAAUUCGAGGUCGAUGAUGAAGGAGAUCAGGGCAUUGCUCGUCUUAAGGAGAAAGCGAAGAAAAGGAAGGGCAGAGGUCAUGGUGCAGAAUUAGUCUCGACAAGAGAUGACGUAGGUCAUUAUGAAUCCAUGAAUGUGGUUGAAGAAGAUGACAAUGAACCUGGCCCUCAGAGAUCUGUAGAAGGAUGGAUCCUGUUUAUAAAUUCAGUACAUGAAGAGGCACAAGAGGAUGAUAUUCAAGACAAAUUCUCUGACUUUGGUCAGAUUAAGAACUUGCAUUUAAAUUUGGACAGAAGAACAGGAUUUUUGAAAGGAUAUGCAUUGGUGGAAUAUGAAACGUUUAAAGAAGCACAAGCUGCUAAGGAGGCUCUGAAUGGUACAGAAAUUCUAGGUCAGCCUAUUUCUGUUGAUUGGUGCUUUGUAAAAGGACCAAAAAAAAUCAGAAAAAGAAGUCAUAGAAGGCGAUGAGAAUUAUAGACUAAUGAUUAUGAUUAUAUCUUCUAUUAUAUAUUAUCAUUUCAGGCAGAACAAGUUAUUUUAUAUUUAAUAAGCAUUUUAUACAUGCUGAAAAUAAUAUAUAAGUUACUCUUUCUUUCAGAUUUUUUCUUACGUUAAAUAUCUGUUUAUAAUCUACCCAAAUGUAAAAAACUUAAAAUAUAAUCAUUAUCAUUAAUAAAUAAAAAAUGAAUUCGUCCAA